AUGCGUUUUCUCGCAUUUUCACAAUACGCAACCGGUCUUUCCGUCUAUUUCGUAUACCGUCCGCGCAAUAUGCUUCGCUAUUUCGGAUCUUUGCGCCUCCAUGUUUCUGCAGUGUUUUUGGUGUUCGUUGAUUCGUUGGCAGAUUUUUCUUCCUGCUUCACCAAUAUACUUCUACUCAUAGUUGUUGCCUUUGAGGUGAUAAAUUCCCGAGCAACCCAGUUUGUCAAUCUUCUCGUGCUGCGUCGGCAGACUAGUGAAAAGUGUUCUCCUUUGGUAUCCCCUUAA